AUGGCUGUCAUCUUCGGCGGCUUCAGUAGAACGAAGACAAAGUUUUUUGACAAGACGAAACCGGCACGGGACUGGAUCUCCACGAAAACGUGCAAAGCCGCUGGAUACGCUGUUGUGUACGGCGUUCCCGCUCUCCAACUCGCUGGGGAGGUUGUCGGUGAUGUCGUCGAGGCUGCUGGAAUUCCGGAGGACCCAAUCCAGUACAACCCGAUCAAGACAGCCACGCCAUGGUUUCUCAAGAUGUUCGCCGGCAUGUCUCCCGACUAUCACCUCGCCAGGGGGAAUAAGUACCUUGACGACGCUCUGGAUCUGUUGGUCAAUUAUGAGGAAUUCAUACCGCCCAACCUGAUGACCGACUUGGUGAAAAAUUGGUUGACGUGA